AUGUACAAACAGAGUCCAAAACAAGAUAAUUACUACAUUACAGAUGAGACAAUACAAGUAACAAGUUCCAGCAUAAAUUUGCAUUUACAAAUACAACCAAAAACAGACAAGCCGAAGAAGCAAAUUGCUGACUUCAUCAACCUGCAUUGUCAAGGUCAGUGUGGCAUUGUUUAUUGUGCACGGCGAAAAGACACUGUUGAUCUUGCACAUGAACUAAAGUCUGCAAAUAUCAAUGCUGUUUUUGUUCAUGGUGAUCUGAAUGAUCUUGAAAGAAGAAAGCAUGAGCGUGCCUGGACUAUUGGUCUUGCCCAAGUGAUAUGUGCCACUAAAUCAUUUGGCAUGGGUAUUGACCGAAAAGAUGUUCGAUUUGUCCUUCACAUGUGCUUUCCCGAAAGCAUAGAGGAUUACUACCAAGAAAUUGGCCGUGCUGGUAAAGAUGGACUACCUGCAUUGUGCACACUGUUUUUCAAACAUGAAGACCGAUCAUUCAAUCUCCAUAACAUACUUAAAAUUGAAGACAAAGACUAUCAAGAACACAAAUACAACAUGAUGAAUAAAAUGGUAAACUACUGUGACAGUGGUUCUUCAUGUCACCAUAGAUGUAUUUUAUCAUACUUUGAAGAAGUUUCACCAGAAUGUGAAGAACAUUGUGACAUUUGCAUUGGAGAUAUACAAUCACAGAAAGACUAUACUAUAGUUUCUCAGCUAAUCAUCAAAGGUCUCCUAACUAUUCUAGAAAUGCAGAAGAAGGUGACUGUUUUUCUUUCACAGUUUUUGCUUGGGUCAUCUGCAUCUGAACUCAAAGCUUUGUCACUAGAUGUAGCUCAUGGAUUUAGAUCUGCAAAACCUUACUAUCAGCAAAGAACUGGGAGGAAGCAACUGCAAAGGUUAAUUUACCAUCUCAUUGUUAAAGGGAUAAUUAAAAAAGAAAUAGCUGGUACUACCGAAAAGCCGACUAUAUUCUUAAACCAAGGAAAUACUGAGAAAUUAAUGGAUAAUAAGGAAAUAAUCUUCUUUUAA